AUGGAAAUUUCUGUUAGAAAUCUUCUUGCCGUUGCAAACCUCUUCGUGAUCCUAAGUUUAUCUGCUUCUUGCGACGACAACUUGGAUGAUUCUUCAGAAAUCUUCACCUACUAUGGCCGCAUUGCUGAAAUAGAAAAACAUUGCAGUUCAUACUUAUCAUUGGCUUCUAAGUUAAGCGCUGAUGCCAAUAGAGGUAGCAGAAUCAAGAGAGAACUUUCUUUCACCAAUGGAGAUUGGGAGCAGGAGGAUGGAAAUGCAACCUUGAUGCCAUUCAGCCAAAGCAAGAGUUUUGAGGACAGUUUAACCUUAAAACUAGUCUCUUUCAAAGUGGUGGAUGUUAGUUCAGUCCCUCACUUUGAAAAUACAGUUAGUCUUGGAGGCAUAAUGUCCAUAGGCAUAUCUGAUGAAGGUUCAUAUUUCCCAAGUCACAAAUAUUUUUCUUUCACAAAGAGGCCUGGCUUAUCUGUUCUCAAAAUUGCAUUUGAAGGUGUAUACUUACAAAGCAAUGAGAAUGGGAAUGAGCAUUUGAUGUGUCUCUUGGGAAACACAACUUUACCAGUACCAAUACCAGAACCAUUCAACUAUGACUAUAAUGGUCAUCUUCUAGAUUACACCCUUUUACAAGAUGAUCAGAUUUUACUUGUUCUUCGAUACCCUCCAACGUUCAAUUUGACAAGUAGAGUUAUGAGAGGCGAAAUGCGGAGCUUGAACCAAGAAGGAAGCUUGGCAUACUUUGAUAAUGUUCAUAUUUCUUCCCAGCUGAAUCACCACUUCACCUAUCAAUUCAGCUCUGAAUUGAAGUCCAGAUCUUGUGAUCUUUAUCCAUAUCAACAGGAGCUGACAACAUAUGGAGCAAAAUCGUUCGAUAGCGGCUUCAGUUUCUGCAGGUUUCUCAGGCAAGUUAUAGAACGACCUUUUGAUAUUCUCCAAAACUAUAAUGAUAGACAUGUUGCUGGCAAACUAGGCCCUUUUCAACUCGGAAAAGAAUUUAGUUCUAAUUGGACUCACCAAAACUUUAGGCUGCUCUUUCAGAAUCUUAUCUGUGAGGAGGAAACAUCUAACAAUAUUGUCCAAACUACAAGAGUUUCUGCAGUUCUAAGAGCAUUUCCUGCAUCAUUUCCUAUAUUUGCAUGGCAAGGUAGAACGGGUCUCUCAGGCCUGACUCUAUCUGCAGAAGGAACAUGGGAUUCCUUAAAAAGAAAACUUUGCAUGACUGGGUGUGUUAAUUCAGUGUUAGACUCAGAGGAAUGCAACUACCAGGUAUCUUUACACUUUCCAAAUGUGUUCUCCAUCAAGCAGAGGAGUGUAUUGCUAGGUAGCAUAUAUAGCAUCAAAAAUGAAACAAAUACAUCCUUCUUGCCUUUGUUGUUUGAUUCACUAAGGGGCCCUUCAGAUCUCAAGAGCCUUGGUUUGUAUAACAAUCCAUAUUAUAAUUACUCAAAGGUUGAGCUAGCUGCAGCAAACAAAAAGAAGAGUCCACCCUCCAAAUUGUUCACCUUUAUCAAGAAGUUCUUGAAGUAUCCAACUCUGGUGGAUGGACUAGAUUUGCAUGCUCAGCUAAAUUUCCUCUCCAAUAAACUCAAUUUCCAUGGGUGUGCAGUUCAUCAUCAAUCCAUGAGGAAUCAGAAGUCAAGGGUCGAUAUUCAGAUGGAAGUACUUUCACUUGAUACUUCAUAUCAACAUGAAACAACAGAACCAGAAGAGAAGAACCUCAUUAACAUAUCAUUACAUCUGGCAUUCUCUGAAGGAUAUUUGGUUGAAAGUGAAGUUCUUUACCCUUACUUCUUGGAAGGUGUUUAUGAUCCCUUAGCGGGUGAUAUGCAUCUAAGUGGUUGCAGAAAGGUUUCACCAAAUGAUAACAGCAGUUUUGAGCUUGCGCUAGAUUGUAUGGUAGAAGUUAAGGUUCAGUAUCCAUCUGAAUCAACAAGAUGGCUGAUGUAUCCUUCAGUUGAAAUGACCAUUACUAGCCAAAGGAGCGAAGAAGAUGCGCUGCAUUUCAGGACUAUCACUCUCAAAACUCUAAGGAUUUCAUACAAUGAGCAUGAACAGGACUAUGCCUUGAUGAAAACCUUUGAAGGUGUUCUAAGGCUUCUGAUUUCCCUAGCAGCAGUAGCCAUAAUUUGGAGCCAACUUCGUUACAUGAAUUCAAAUGAUAGCUGCAUUGCUUACAUCUCUCAUGGAACGCUUGCUCUAUUGAUGUUUGGUUAUGGUGCAGAGUUGAUAAUGUCCAAUGAGAUCCUCUUUGAAUCAAACCAAGAUUCUAUUAGAAAUUUGCCUUAUGAAUUGCAAACCCCAAGAAUUCUUCUACUGUUGGUUUCUUUGCUUCUUACUAUAAAACAGUAUCAAAAGGUGUCUGAAGCUAAGCACAUGCCAAAUGGGUAUUACUUUGUACCUGCAAUGUCAGUGAUCAUGAAGACUCUGGCCCUGAAGAUGCAAGAUUUAUUUUUGAUGCCUCAAGUCAUUGAGAACAUGGCGUGUAGUAGUCAAGUGAGGCCUUUGAGGAAAACAUACUAUUUUGGACUCACAUUGCUGAGGUUGGUUAUACAUUUCUAUUACUAUAUCAGAGAUCCAUGUCCAUUCAAUUAUGAUGGUGGUGAUGCAUUAAUCUACAACCAAGUGGGAUCAGUUUUGUUUUACAUUUAUGAUAUCAUGAUUCCCAUCAUUAUGAUCUUACUUGCUUCUGUGGUCUACAUUCAACAAAGCUGGAACUAUCUAAAACCAAGAAAUCCUUAA